AUCCGGGUACUCUGGAUGUACGAACCGUUAGCUAGUGAGCUACUAACUAAAGAAAAUAUUUUGUUGGGAACAUAACAAUAAUGAUAAUAAUAAAUAUGAGUUAUGAGUAACUUGUCAAAUUAAAACAUAAACAGGACAGAGCUAUAAAAGUGGUUCACAGUUAGCGAAGCUUAGCCGCUAGCUGGCUAGGCGAGAGAGCGCGGGGGAUUAUGGGAUGCGUAGUUUUUUUAAGCGCAUAUGAGGAGAAUACUCAGCGAAUAUGAUGUAAGAAUAUAACCAGGCAUUUACAGGUAUCCAGGUUUAUAAGUAAUAACUCAUAAAAAAAAACGCACUGUAUUGGGCCAGAGUUACAUUUAAAAAGUAAUUUUUUAACGUGACUAACACGUACGGCGAAAUUCACUUCCGCUCUCAGCGGACACUGUUGCCAUGGUUACCAGAGCUCGCGCUGAAACUUUGGGUAUCGGCACAAACAAAUUUCACCUCCUGUCCUACAAGUGUGUGUCGGUUUAGCUAUGAGGCAGCGCAGACAGACAGGAUACACAAACCGCUGGCAGUUGGCUCCGCCCAUAGCAGGUGAUCUACUGGGUCAGUCGCAGGUGAAGAGAGCGGCGAGGUCGGGGAUCGGCGUCCACACGCCUCACAGAUCCGGCGGGUCAGGCGACACGCUCCAGCAGCAGCGGCGUGACGAGUCCAUUCUGAGCCAUCCGCCUCCUCCUCCUCCUCCCCUUCACGCUGCCACGCCGGCCGGACCCUGUGCGUCGCAGGACGUCCAGCUGUCACGCACAUCUGCAAAUCCCGAACACGUGUUCUACGUCGUCUCUCAGCAGGUGGUCCGGAACGCUCGGCCAGACGCAGUGCUGGAGAGUUUGGGGAGCAUGUGGGAGCUGCACUGUCCGUACCUGUGUGAAUCAGAGACCCUCGCUGAGCUCUACAGGAACUCCACGAAGCAGAGACACACACUGCUCCAGGACAGAACCGGGAGCGACAUGAGAGAGAAGCGUGUACGGCGAGGAGGCGGAGAGAUGAAACUGAGACAGGACGGAGGAACGGGGACGAGUCGAGGCGGCCUCACACGUCCCGUCCUGCUCCCGCUGAACAUAAACCAUCCCUCCAUCACCAAAGAGUCUCUUUCGUUUGCCCUGAGGUCUAUGUACAGACGUGACGAGUGUCCCGAUGAGUGGUGCGAGGCCGUGCUCUGUACCGCCACCCUGCUGCGUCUCCCACAGCUUAAACAGAGGUGUCUGAAGGAGAUGAUCUCCAGUAUCAGUUUUUCGACAGUGUGCGACUUCCAUCGAGUUUCCUGUAAGUACAAGCAAGCGAGUCUUCAGCGGGCGUGCGAGCGAUGGCUGGAGAUGUUCCUCGUGACCGAGCUGUCGCAUCGCAUCCACCUCCGGGACUUGACCUUUGACCUCUUGCUCAAAACCCUGCUGUGCCCCAGAGUGUUCACAAGCAACGAAUACGAGCUCUUCAGGACUGUGCUGUACUGGAUCUACUUGCAGUUUAACACCCGAGAACACACUCUGCCCUCGCACAGCACCAUCAUUGACUUCUUCUGCAGGGCUUCUGGGGUUUUUCUGGAGCAGCCUCUAGGCCAAACGUACGCUCCUCUCUUCCAGGCUCUUCAUCUGCAUGGUAUCACAGAGCGAGAGCACAUGGAGGAGAUGCAGAAGGUCAAGGUGUUCCCUCAUUCCUGGCUCCACGUCGCCUUCUCUAACCUCGUCUACUCCAUCCACAGCGGAGGAAACAUGCACAUCACCGACUUUUCCAGGCAGGCCGUCCGCUUCGGAAUGACCGUCUCCGGGGAUCACUGCACUCGCACUGUCGGUCUCUACGGCUUCUACUUCCUGCUCAAAGCUUCUCGAGUCGGAGAAUCCGAAGCGUUUGCGUUCUCCAUGGAGAGGUUAAGACACUGGGACCCGGCGCUAGCUGAGAGCUGUAGGACGACGCAGCCGUUCAGCAUGAGAGCAGAGCGCUGCGUGUGCUAUCGGAUCAGCGUGCAGAGCUGUGUGUGUGGAGAAUGGCAGGAAAGGAGCAGCGGAGAACUCAAUCAAGUGUUUGGCUUGAGUAAACGCUACUGCAGGAGCGAGGUGUUUACGGUCGACGGACUCGGUACGCCCGCGCUGGUGAUGUUUUCCCUGGCCUUCCCAUCCACAUAAUGAGUUCUUCUAAUAAUAAUAAUAAUAAUAAUAAUAAUAAUAAUACAGAGCUGUUUUUCCUUCUCGGCUAAUCGCGAGUCCUCACUGCUAAGAUGCGACACUUGCGCGUGCUUACACGAUACGCACAGGAAUAAAACCCUCGGCGUGGUGCCGUUACAGGAAAACAAUCCACGACGUGGUGUGACGGAGCGGAGUUACUGUUACCUCUGUUAUUGUGUUUUUGUUUACUCCGCAAUAAAAGUUGAUAUUUCGGCGCA